GACUGGGGUCCAGCCGCAGGAUGCUGCCUUCAAUGGCUGUCGGAAAAGUUUGGACGCAGUUAAAAACGUCAAGUUCGAGAGUCGAACGACUUGACAAAACGGAUUAAUCAAACCUACACAUCCACGGGCAUCUCUUCGCUUCUUUUCGGCCGGGAUCACCUUGCCCACAUUCGGACCGUGGAGUCCCGGGUGUCGCGACUCGGCGCCCUCCUCCAGGGGCUGGGAGGAGCGCCGGGUGCCACGUCCAGGUUCCUCCCGGGCUUCGUGACCACCGCCGCGGACAGCAAUGGCUCGGAGCGCCGGGAGAGACGCGGUUCCACCCGGUCUCGGAUGCCCGUCAUGCGGGGUCUGAUCGCGCCUCAGAACACCUUCCUGGACACCAUCGCGACUCGAUUCGAUGGGACACACAGCAACUUUGUAUUGGGGAACGCCCAGGUCCAAACACUCUACCCAAUUGUCUACUGCUCCGACGGCUUCUGUGAAUUGACCGGCUUUGCCCGAGGUGAGCUGAUGCAGAAGAGCUGCACGUGUCACUUCCUGUACGGUGGCGAGACCAGCGACCGCCUCACCUUGCAGAUGCAGAGGGCUCUGGAUGAGCGACAGGAGUUCAAGACGGAAAUCAUUCUGUACAAAAAGAGCGGUUCAAAGUUUUGGUGUCUGCUGGACAUUGUGCCCAUAAAAAAUGAGAAGAGCGAGGUGGUUCUGUUCCUGGUCUCGCAUAAGGACAUCACAGAAAACAAGGACGUGGACCAUGGCAAUGAAACUGACACCGAAGAGGACACGGGUUUGGAGGUGCACAAGAUCAGCCGCCCGACAGGCUUCAACAUGGAGCACCGUCGCAGUCGAGCCGUCCUAUACCAGCUAUCUGGGCACCUCCAGAAACAGGACAAGAGCAAGAGCAAGCUGAAGAUCAACAAUAGCGUUCUGGGAGCCAACGCUAAUCCAGUACCAGAGUACAAGGUGGCAGACAUCCAGAAGUCCCGCUUCAUCCUCCUGCACUAUGGUGCAUUUAAAGCCGGCUGGGACUGGCUGAUCUUGUUGGCGACCUUCUACGUGGCCGUGACGGUUCCCUACAAUGUCUGCUUCACAGACGGCGGGUCGGCGGCACGAAACCCGCCCAGUGUUAGUGACAUUUUGGUGGAGAUUCUCUUUAUGAUUGAUAUCGUCCUGAAUUUCAGAACCACCUACGUGAGCACGUCUGGUCAGGUCGUGUACGACGCCCGCUCAAUCUGCGUUCAUUACGUCACAUCCUGGCUGUUCGUGGAUCUGAUUGCCGCCUUGCCCUUUGACCUGCUCUAUGCUUUCAAUAUCAGUGUGGUGAGUGCAGCACACACCAAGAGAAGGACGCAUACAACAACACACUUUUCAACAGCUGCUUCUGCGUCCUUCACCCAGAACUUCGGGGUGCACCUGCUGAAGACAGUGCGUCUCCUGCGCCUGUUGCGACUCCUGCAGAAGCUUGACCGCUACUCCCAGUACAGCGCCGUGGUGCUUACCUUGCUCAUGUCCACCUUUGCCCUGCUGGCCCACUGGAUGGCGUGCGUCUGGUACUUCAUUGGACGCAGCGAGAUUGAAAGCAACAGCCCGACCUCUUGGGACAUAGGCUGGCUUCACGAGCUCGCCAAACGUUUGGGUACCCCUUACUUCCUGGCACCACUGACAUCCCUUCUGGGCGUCUCCGAUCCGCCUCAAGGGGCCGUGACACCAGAACUGAUCAAUUCCAGCCAGUGGAACAGCUCAGGCCUGGAGCUGUUAAACGGGGCGGCUCUGUUGGGAGCGGCCGCAUGGAACGGAAGCCGAUCACGUGCGAGGUCGCCCGGUGGAACGGGCAUGACCUUGAACGGCGGUCCGUCCGUGCGGAGUUCCUACGUCACGUCGCUGUACUUCGCUCUGAGCAGCCUGACCAGCGUGGGCUUCGGCAAUGUCUCGGCCAACACCGACUCGGAGAAGAUCUUCUCCAUCUGCACCAUGCUGAUCGGAGCGUUAAUGCACGCCGUGGUGUUCGGUAACGUGACCGCCAUCAUCCAGAGGAUGUACUCACGACGCUCCCUGUACCACACCCGCACCAAGGACCUGAAAGACUUCAUCAGAGUGCACCGGCUGCCCAAAGCCCUUGAGCAACGUAUGAUGGAGUGCUUCCAGACAACCUGGUCCGUCAACAACGGCAUCGAUGUCAGCGAGCUGCUGAAGGACUUCCCAGAUGAGCUGAGGGCCGACAUCGCCAUGCACCUGAACAAGGAGCUGCUGCAGCUGCCGCUCUUUGAGUCGGCCAGCAGAGGAUGCCUGCGCUCCCUCUCGCUAAUCAUCAAGACGUCCUUCUGUGCGCCCGGGGAGUUCCUUAUCCGCCAGGGCGACGCCCUGCAGGCCAUCUACUUUGUGUGCUCAGGCUCCAUGGAGGUUCUGAAGGACAACACCGUGCUCGCCAUUCUAGGACGAGGCGACCUGAUUGGCUCUGACUGUCUGACGCAGGAGGAAGUGAUUAAGACCAACGCCUGCGUGAAGGCCCUGACCUACUGUGACCUGCAGUACAUCAGCCUCAAAGGCCUCCGUGAGGUUCUGUGCCUGUACCCUGACUACGCGCAGAAGUUCCUCUCCGAGAUCCAACACGAUCUAACGUAUAACCUCCGGGAAGGACACAGCAUGGAGGCCGACUGUGAGAGCAAUGGAGGACUCGUGAAGAAGCUUCCUUCCAUCAAGGAGGACGAGGAGGGGUCCAAUUCAGAGGGGGAACGCUCACCUAUUCCAAAAAUUCCCCCCUUGGGCAGAUUGGGACGAGGGCUGCGCUCGCCCCUGCGCUCGCCUCUACGCUCCCCUCUGCUCCCGCCGAGACCCUUCAGACUAGGGAGCGACCACACUCGGCCCACCAGCCUGCAGAUCCCCAUGGUGGGCUUAAGCUGCCUGCAGCCAGAGCUCAGUCCUCGGUUUGUGGAUGGCGUCGACUCUGAAAACCAAAGUGGUUUUGCCACUAAGUUUGAUUUCACUCCCAGCUCCCCGCAGAGUUUCCUAGGCAGCCCUGAUUCAGCUCCGGCAGAGGAGCACGACGACUGCGACACCAUGCAGGCCAUCACUAAACUCAAACACGAGAUGAAGGUUCUCUCUCGCCAGGUAACCACCAUGAGCCAUGAGCUGCAGGAAAUCACGCGACUUCUCAAACCACUUUUUCACAACAACCCCUCGACCCUGCUGAUGCCCAACACCGUGACUCCGCCUCCUAGCAUCUCGUCACACGGUUGCUCCCCGGCGCCAGCGCUUUUUACCCAGCAUGCAGAGGACCGACAGCGCCUCCUGGUACCCGGGCCAUCAUCUCCUCCGCUGAGCGCAGCAGAGUGCGACGUCUUUCGCUGGUCCGAUUCCCAAACCCUCACCUCCAGUGACCUUCCAGUUGGGUCUCAUUGCUCAGCUCCGCCAUCACUUAACAGUUCUCCCCAUGUGCACACGCUGAUACCGCUUCCCACCUCGUCCUCCAUCCCAUCCCUCUCUUCUUCAUCCACCUGCACGACUCUUCUGCUGGACUUAACAGGACCAAAUGUUGAGCCACAUUCUCCAUAUCCGCACCGCCCUUGCUGCCAUUCUAAUGUUCUCCAGCCCUUCAUGACCACGCCUCAAGGGGAGGUAAUGUGGGAAGACCACGCCACCCAGCUCAGCUUCGUGGACGAGGUGCAGCCAUGAGCGCCGGACUAAAAGAGCGGGAAAUUGCACGCCACACCACUUACUCUCCUGCAUGACAAACGUGACAGUAAAAAACAUCUACUGUUGGAGGGACAGAGCUUGCAAUAAAAGUUUUACUGCUUUAAGUUUGGAUGUUGUGAAUUGAUGCUUGAUCAUGAAGGAACUGCCAGGAAUGCGCUUCCUCUGUCUACCACUAGAUGUCAGCGUUGAACAAAUAUUGUAU